AUGACCAACUCUAUCUCGGCCAAUACUGCUGAGACUGCGGUCGCGAUUGAGGCGUUCUCCAAGCAGGUUCAGGAUCUCAUGACCAAGUACGGCGCGGAUGUCGUGUACAAUGUCGACCAGACUGCAAUCCAACACGAAGAAAUCUCCAAGCGCACAGUCAACGAUGCUGGCGCAUCGACGGUCUAG